GCCUCAGAAGUUCGGCGGAGACCCGGUGACUGCGGCGGAGACCCCCCGGACUGCCCUGGAGACCCCCCGGACUGCCCUAAACUCCAGUGCCAACCUUGCUGCUGUCCAGCUGCCACAUCCGGGAUGAACCUCCGGGAGAUCAACGAGAAUGUGAAGCUGGCAAGAGAGUAUGCCUUGCUGGGAAACUACAACUCGGCCAGUGUCUUCUAUCAGGGAGUACUGGAGCAAAUUAAGAAGUAUGUGUACACCGUGUGCGACUGCAGUUAUCAGCAACGGUGGCAGCAGUUGUGGCAAGAAAUAAGCGAAGAGAAUAAACAUGUGCAGGAAAUUAUGUCCACUUUGGAGAGUUUUCAACUGGACACCGCAGCUCCCAAACCAAGCCACCAUGAUGACAGCGACUUAAGACCCAUACAUGUGGAGCCGAGAUCGCCCACCUUCCCGGCAAGGAGGCCUGCCAACCCCUACAAGGACGGCAAACCUCAUAACAACCGCCUCAGUGUGGGCGUACGCUCACAACAGCGGCACGCAGCACGCGGGGCCAAUGGAGACAAGAGCAAAGCGCCCAAGGGCAAAGAAAGGAAGGAGGCGAAGGAAGCCCCCGGGAAAUCGAAGGAUGACAAGAACAAAGCGGACGUUCAGGAGACGGAAGUGAAGAAGUUUGACGGUUCAGGAUAUGACAAAGACCUGGUGGAGGCCCUGGAGAGAGACAUCAUUUCCCAGAAUCCCAGUGUUAAAUGGGAUGACAUUGCAGAUUUGGAAGAUGCCAAAAAGCUCCUGAAAGAAGCAGUUGUUCUCCCAAUGUGGAUGCCGGCGUUCUUCAAAGGCAUACGAAGACCGUGGAAGGGGGUGCUGAUGGUGGGUCCUCCAGGCACAGGGAAAACCCUCCUGGCCAAAGCGGUGGCCACAGAGUGCAGAACAACUUUCUUCAACGUGUCUUCUUCCACGCUUACCUCCAAGUACAGAGGGGAGUCCGAGAAGUUGGUCCGCCUGCUCUUUGAAAUGGCGAGGUUCUACGCCCCCACUACCAUCUUUAUUGAUGAGAUCGACUCCAUGUGCAGCCGCAGAGGAACCUCAGAGGAGCACGAGGCCAGCAGGAGGGUCAAGGCGGAGCUACUGGUGCAGAUGGACGGGGUCGGUGGCACGUCGGAGAACGACGACCCCUCCAAGAUGGUGAUGGUGCUGGCUGCCACCAACUUCCCGUGGGACAUCGACGAGGCUUUGAGAAGACGGCUGGAGAAGAGGAUCUACAUCCCGCUGCCCUCUGCCAAGGGGAGGGUGGAGCUGCUGAGGAUCAACCUGAAGGAGUUGGAGCUGGCCAGCGACGUGGAUAUGGACAAGAUAGCGGAACAGAUGGAGGGCUACUCCGGAGCGGACAUCACCAACGUGUGCAGGGACGCCUCCCUGAUGGCCAUGCGGCGAAGGAUCGAGGGCCUGACGCCCGAGGAGAUUCGCAACAUUUCCCGGGACGAAAUGCACAUGCCUACAACCAUGGAAGACUUUGAGUCGGCCCUAAAGAAAGUGUCCAAGUCGGUGUCGGCUGCCGACCUGGAGAAGUACGAGAAGUGGAUCGAGGAGUUUGGAUCCUGCUGAGAACGCCCGGCGGAGGCCCCCCCCCACCCCCCACCCCAAUCACUCAGUUGGUGCAAAUCUCGGCAUCAAGCUGAGUAGCUGGCGUGACUAUAGCUUUCUGUCCCGGCUCUGUAUGUCUAGACUUGAAUUUGUUUCCUAAAUUAUUGAUCCACCUGACGAUAUACGAUUCCGUCACCUUCUUACGAUCGCAUCUCAGUAAAUACGAGCACUAGAAAAACAGCAUCUCGCCACCUCCUUGUUUGCAUGAGCCGGGAUUGUGGAAACCAAGAUCGGAGGUCAUUUCACCGUGUUGGCCUUUUACUGAAGUCUCAUCUCCAGAUGUGCAUGUCAGGAAUCGAGGCGUCUUUCCCUUUGUCAGGUCAUUUGUUUUAGAUAGCUUUUUGUGUUUGUUCCUGCAGUGGUCAUGAAUCAUUUUCUAUAUGUGGGAGAAAAACCAGAACUUCCAGCGAUAGGAAUAAAUGGGUAAACAAAUUUUUUUGUUUUGGUUUUUUUUUUUGCAGCAUAUUUGCAUAUUUACAUUUUAAUUUUUAUUAUUUAUCCACUUUAACAUUUCCAGGUCCAGCUUAUACUACAUGUUGGCUGUCGGCGUCGAUAUCGUUUGUAUCCAACAAAACAAUAUCUUUGUAUCAAAUGAUGUUAGAUACUAAUUUAGGUUUUAGAUCACCGUUUCUCCAAUUUUUCUAUGCACUUGACUAUCUGUAAUUAUGGGAACAUGUGGUUGUCCUGAUAGCACACUACCCAGAUAGUUGAUGUCAAAAUCUUAA